CAGGUUGUGAGGGAGGAGAGAGAGCAGGAGAGGCAACUGCAAGAGAGAGAGAUAGAUAGAAAGAUAGAUAGAGGACAGGUGUUGAAAGAAAAGAGAGGAUCUGCUCACUUUCAUGUGUUCUCCAAGAGAAGAGGAAGGAGUCAGGGUGUGAAGGAGUGAGGUAGGAGAAGAACAAGAAAAAGUUUUCAGGAGUGGGACUACCCAGCAGUGGGAGGUUUCUCCAGAGAGGGUUGUAGUGUGAUCUUCGGCAGCGACCCCUCCUUUCCACUGGGAGUCAGACCCCCAGGGAUCCAGAGCCAUGGACCCGACCGAGAUCGAUGGGGAGAAGAAGGAGAGGAAGACGAUCCACUUUGCUGUGCCAUCCUCUGCGCCCACCAACCUGGACCCUCGGCAAGUGGAGAUGAUCCGGCGCAGGAGGCCCACACCUGCCACGCUGUUUAGAGUAGCCGACCAAUCGUCUCCUGAAGACGAUCAGUCCACUCAUCAGGUAAAGUGGGUUGUAGGAGAGAACGGAGUGCUCAAACCAAAACGAGUAAAUCCAAACGUGUAUCAGCCUCCAUCACUCAAAGCUGUGCAGAAGAUGGCUGAGGCACAAAUGCAGAAACUAGGGGUCUACCCUCCUUUGGAAGACCCUUGUGAAGGGGAGGAGGAUGAGGACCAGUGGGAGGGAGAGGACACGUCUCCCACCAAAGCUGCUGAUCACCAAGAGACGGCGACCACUGAGCAGUCAGACAAGUUCCACAGUGUGAGAGAGACAGCCAAGCAGAUCCAAGCAGCACAGGAGGAGGAAGAAGAUGAAGAGGAGGAGGAGGAGGAGAAGGAGGGAGACCAAACUGAGGCGACAACAGUGGAGAACAGUCGAGGGAGUAACUGAGAGCGAGAAAGAGAAAAAGGAGGGAAGGGGAGAUUUGGGAAGAGAACGAAGUGGUUGUUGUGUGUUUGAAUAUGUGGCGACUGAAAAUUGAGGACGUGGGCAAACAAAGAUUUCUGUAUGUACUCCACCUGAACAGGGUCAGAUGGAUUAAAAGGAGCACAGAGAGAGUGGGUGUCACAUAUGAGCGGGUGAGGAAUGAUCUUCUGACAGAGCAGACCAAGGACGCCUCGUCAGCCCUUUUGUUUAUAAUGAGAGUAGAGGGGCCAAGGUCAGUGAGACUAAACCUUCCCUAGAACCAGACCUGUCUCCUCCCUAACGCCCCGAGCUCGAUCUUAAAAAUAAAUAUAAUAAACAAAGGCUGUCUUGUAUACAACCAAUACAAAAGUUCUUGAAGGUCUUUAAAUGAACUUCCAACUUCCCCACAAGCCCUUUGAUUACAAUGUGCAUGCACUGCCACCCUGUGGUAGAAAGCAGGACUGACAACCUUAAACUGGAGUUCCAACCAAAAACAACCUUCACAAAACUGCUUUAAGUUUGAAUCUUUAGUGUUUUCACCUCGUUUUUGCAAUAAAAUUGUUGAUUUGUCUGAUACACAGGAAAUAACAUAGUAAAUAGUCUAAUUCAGCUAUUUUCUCAUCAAUAUCAUCUUCACUGUUUACUUCUCAAGCUCCUGACAUUAUAUUUUAGAGACACUGAAUCAACAAGGAAUGACAUAUAACAGAUUACAGGCUUUAAUAUUUUGCAGCUGGAAGUUUUAUUCAUUAGAAAAAUAUUUUUUUUUGAGGCCUAAAAAAGUACUAAAGGCCUCCAAACAUUUUUCAUAAUCUAAUCCUCAUUUUUAAUAAUCAUACAUUUCUGUACUUAAAAAAGAAAAUAUUUUACCAAUUUAAAAGUGAUUACUUAAAUUAGUAACACACAAAUGAUUGUAUUCGUGUGACUUGUUAACUUCCCUUUGAACAAACUCAGUUCAUUUGGGUAUUACCAAUUGAAGUUUUCUAUUAUUUUCUGUUUUCAAAAAAAGAAAAUAGAUGAUAUAAAAUAUAAGGGGUGGAGAAUCGCUUUAUAAAUGACCCCAAAAAAUAUGUAUGUCUAUAACUGUAAAAUUAUGAGCAAGGGAAUGAAUGUGUUGCCAUGUCUUAGCACACUUUUCAUUUUGAAGCUAUACUUAGAAUGAACAGGCGAUUUAAAGGGCAAAGCUACCUCCAGUUUGUUAAACAUGUGGUUCCCUGUCGUUACCUCCACGCCUCAACUUAUUGUGAACUGACGCCCUGAUAAUAAUUAUGAAAAAUGUCAUUUGAAAUCCUUUUUUGCAUGUUAACACUUUUCUAUCGUCACCUUGCUCAUGAUUUGGGUCAUGAGUGUGUUGUAAGAGCUAUUUUUCUAAUCUGACAUUGCUCAGCUCUGUCCUGUUUCUGUAGGAGAGCCUCAAACCAGACACUGCACUGUCUGACACUGCACAAACUUUCUGUUUCUCUUUGUACCGCUGACCAACUUGGUCUUUCUCGCUCAUGUUUUGGAGUCAAUGAUAAUCAUAAAUGUUUUUAUUUAGUAUCUGUCUAAUUUAAUUUGAUUUGAUCUGUAGCUAAAAGGCUCCGUAUAUAAGAAGGUUUCCUGUCAUGUCCCAGGAUGAAUAAAUCGUGCUGUUUGUAUCAUCUGGGUGAGUGUUUGUAUAUAAAAAAAAAACUGAGUGACACUUUUUUAACCUCUGACCUGCAAAAACUGUGGGACGAGUGUGUGUGUGUGUGUUUGUGUGCUGAGGCUCUGACGCAGCCGAUGCUGUCCUCCUCCCCCUCCUCUAUCCCCUCCCCCCGGGUCAGAAGGAAACGAUCGUUGAAAGACGUUGUAUGAACUCUUAAUUAUUUUUCUGUCUUUUCUUUUUUCUUUCAUUAUCUCUUUUCUCAAUGUGAUGUGGUUGUUUCAAAGUGAGCAGCAAUAUGAUAUCAAAAAUAAACCCAUUUUUUUCCUUUUCUCCUUUAA